AUGGUCGAUGAUAAAGAUCGACCACGGAGCACGGAUAGGAGGUCGCUUGGCAAGAGAUUCCGAAGUCACUUCAAUCCAAGGCCGGCGGAAGAUGAUGGGCCACAAGACUGGUGGAUCGCAUCUACUGCUAUUCCACUGAUAGCAGCUACCACUGCUCCUCUCGCUAAUCUCAUGUCGAUUGUCGCGCUUGUGAUGCCGUGGAAAAGUAAGCUACUUGGCGGGACUGCAUCAUCAGGCGCACCGGAGCAGGAACUCAUCAGUGACCCUCGAUGGUGCAUAGCUCUCAAUGCCACAUCACUCGCGUGUGGCAUUGCAGGCAACGUUUUUCUUCUGUUCAAUUUUACGCGCACUAUGCGAUACAUCAUAGCUUUGCCCGCAUCUAUCAUCCUCUGGUGCCUGGCCACAUCGAUUUUGAUCGGUAUAACCAUUGCUACGAACAUCUACGAUGGUCCAACACCACCCGACCAGACCUACUCUCAGGCCUACUGGAGUGCAGUCAUCGCCGCAGCUCUGUAUUUCUUCCUCACUGUCAUCCUGAUGAUCAACAUGCUGGGAUACGUUCUGGGGCAUUACCCGCAGUAUUUUGCCCUUACCGACGGCCAGAGAACGUUGAUCUUGCAAACCACUGCAUUCGUGGUGUGGCUACUAAUAGGAGCUGCUAUCUUCCAUGCCGUCAUCGACGAUAUAUCGUUUGCGGAUGCACUCUAUUUUUCAGACGUCACAAUCCUGACAUUAGGAUACGGCGACAUCACUCCUCCAAGCUCGGUCGGAAAGGGCCUUGUAUUCCCCUAUGCAGUGAUGGGUAUCAUCAUCCUCGGACUUGUGGUGGGAAGUAUCCAUGACUUUGCCCGGGAACUGCAAUACGACAAUGUCGUGCGAAAGCAUGUUGAAAGGAAACGACAAGCGACCAUCGAGCACUCCAUCUCACUGGAUCCAGGCGCAGAGGAACCACAUCUCAAAUUCAAAUCCAAGCGCCCACCCAGGCCUGGUGGACGCAGUGCUAUCAAUGCGCUCUCAUUAGUAGGCCGACCGAAGCUCCUCAUCAUGAGGGAAGAAAAAGACCGCUUCAACGCCAUGCGAGCAAUUCAAUACGAAACCGUUCUCUUCCGGCGGUGGUACAAUUUGAUCCUGAGUCUCAUCAUGUUUGGUAUCGUCUGGACAUGCGGUGCUGUGGUCUUUUGGCGCCUAGAACAAAUCACCUACUUCCAAGCCCUAUACUUCGGCUUUUGCUCUCUCCUCACGAUCGGAUACGGAGACAUCACACCAACCACCAACGCAGCGAGACCCUUCUUCAUCGUCUGGUCCCUUCUAUCCGUGCCAACAAUGACAGUCCUCAUAUCAGAGAUGAGCGACACAAUCGUCGUCGCAUUCAAGCACGCCACCAGCGUUUUCGCCGACUGGACCGUCCUUCCACAGUCAGGAAAAUAUCGAGACUUCCUCCGUAAAUUCCCAGUCCUCUACACGACUCUGCAGCAUCGCGAAGAAAACAGACGAGUAAACGAAGGCUUCCACGUCGGAUUGGAAAACGAAGAAAGAGGCACGCGAGGAGAGCACCAGCACAGCCUCGACCAUCCACCCACAAGAUCGCUCGAAGAACUCGCCAGCGAACCAGACACGGCUUCAGGUACGGGAUCAGACCCAGCGUCAACCCUUCACUUCGCACAGCAACUCGCGUACGCGAUCCAGCGAACUACCCGAGACGUUGUAGAGGGCGAGAGAAAACGAUAUACCUACGAAGAAUGGGUGGAAUUCACCCGACUCAUUCGCUUCACGGACCCCAGUCCAGACGAUGUGGAAGUACAAGAAGACGAAUACGGGAUUUUGAAUUGGGAUUGGAUCGGUAAGACGAGUCCGAUGCUAGCCACACAGACGGAACCAGAAUGGGUUCUGAAUCGUCUCUGCGAGAGCUUGAUUCGGUAUGUUGAUAUCCAGGCGAGGCAGACAGGCACGGCGAGAGAGGAAGACGAACCGACCUUGAGGAAGCAGAGGGAAAUUAAGUUUGAGGGUGAUCAGUAA